AAUGCUUCCCUCACUCUCGGCCAUUGCACUUUCUUUGCUUUCUCUGUCUUCGUAUAGUUACGCGACUUCUACUUGCAAUAUGUCUGGCAACUUGACGAGUACCAAUGGCAUAGGCAGUACACCUGUACAACGCCAUUACAUCUCCUCCGACCAAGCCUCCGCCAUCGUAGCCGCAGCAGCAAAGUCCGCAGCCACAAUCGUACCCCAAAACAUUGCCGUCGUAGAUCCUUCUGGCUUACUAGUCGCUUUCCUGCGCAUGGACAAUGCAUACCCCGGCAGCAUCGACAUCAGCAUCAAGAAAGCGCGCACUUCAGUGCUGUUCAACGGCAUCCCUUCUGCUGCCCUCUACAAUCAAAGUCAGCCCGGUGCUGCCUUGUAUGGCAUUGAAGAGACCAAUGGAGGACUGGUGAUUUUCGGGGGUGGGUUGCCGUUGGUCAAGGAUAAUUAUCUGAUUGGAGCUAUCGGAGUGAGUGGAGGCACUGUUGCGCAGGAUGAAGAGGUUGCACAGGCUGGUGUGAGUUGGUUGAUGAACUCG